UUGCUCGCAAUCUGUGGAUUACAAGUGAAAUCUUUGCCCCGGCAGCCACGUAGACUGACGAUCCUCUCCUGAAGUAAAUGGUGUAAACAUGGCCAGACCCUGGAUGCUGCAUUCCAUUCUGGCCUGCUGUCUAGUGUACCUUCACGCCUCUUCGGCCUCUACCCUGAACACUAUAUACAGUCACAAUGAAUCGAGAGCAUCUUCGUCCGGCUGGCUGGCGAUGUUUGACUGGAGGAACACUUCGCUGGCUGGUGACGCUGCAGCAGCAAUCGACAGCACAGCAGCUUUGAGCGAGGCACUUGCCUCGAUUUGGGACAAGGUCCGUCGACCUUUUGUUCUCCAGGACACCGCACCAAAUGUGGGAGAUCGUCUGACCACCUUCAGGAAAAACUACUGA